GACGGGAGGAAGUGACGUAAACGGCAAAGGCUGGCUCGCCUGGGAUCCUCGUGGAAUCGCGUUUGGCUGCCCCGCCGUGAACGUGUCUGUUCUCUGGCCCGGUAGGCGCUUCCCUUUCCCCCGAAGCCCACGCGCGGAGAAUCCGUCUGAAAUAUCAUGCAGCCUGCUGAGACUUUGUCCGUGUUUGAAGCUUCUCAGAAAACAGCUUUGAUGGAUGGCCUUUAUCUUGUCACAGAAUCAACAGAUGUCACCCCUGUGGCAGUUCCAGUGAUUAAAGAACCAAGCCGACCCACUGCGAUCCUUGAGGUGUCAGACCGGAUGUAUUGCUCUGCCUGUUCAAGAGGUUUUGAUAGUCGGGAGGAACAGGCUGAGCAUUAUCGGCUAGAUUGGCAUCGUUUCAACAUAAAGCAGCGACUGCUGGGCCGCAGGAUGCUCACCGCUGAAGAAUUUGAAGUGAAGACUCAAACAGGUGAUGUCUCCAGCAUCUCUGGCUCAGAUUCUAGUGACUCUGACUCAUGCAAUGAAUCUGAUCCCCAGCCUUUCCAGGAAAGCAGAGGCAGAGAGAGCAGCCAUCAAAGCCCUUUGCUUCAUCUGCGCUCUCAGAAGGUUCUGUUCAGAAAUUCCCAAGGCCUACUCAUCUCGGUGUAUCGCUGUGUGCUAGGCACAGCAAAGGGCAGCCGAGAGGAGCCUGCAGAGUUCGUGGCUGCCUUUCAGAAGCAGAGCCCUGAGACUUCCUGGGUUAUCCUGAUGGCUGGUGGAGGACACUUUGCUGGAGCUGUCUUUAAAGGGGAUGAGGUGCUACAGCAUAAGACAUUUCAUCGGUACACUGUGCGAGCUUCCAGAGGUACAGCCCAAGGAGUGAGGGAUGCUCAAGGAUCUAUGCCAAAAUCUGCUGGGGCCUCGCUGCGUCGCUACAACGAGACUGCCCUGCUCAAGGAUAUCCAGGAAUUGUUGGCCAGUUGGGCCAAGCACAUAGAAGAAGCAGAAUGCAUUUUUCUUCGUGCCCCUCGCACCAACAGGGCUUGUUUCUUUGGUGGCAAAAAUGGUCCUCUUCAAAGAAAUGAUCCCCGUAUCCGAGGCAUUCCUUUUAGCACACGGAGAGCUACAUUCCAUGAAGUGCAACGGGUGCAUGGGGUUCUGAGUAGUUUGCAAGUAUAUGGAAAAGACACAGCAGUAGCAGACCUGGUGAGGACUCCUCGGAAGACCUGGAAGAAAGUAGUUCAUCAGGAUGAACCAUCUACACAAUGUCAAGAGAGUAUCUUCUCAACAAGGUCAGAGGAGGAGGAGGAGGAGGAGGAAAAUGGAGAGGAAAAUCCAGAGCAACUGGAGGAGGUGGAGCUGACACUGAACACAUUGGAACUGCGUGAAUUUGAAGUGGCACCAAAACGGAAUCACAAGAAGAAAAGGAGGAAGCCAAAAGUGCAGAAAGGAUCUUGCACUGAGACUUCAGGAGAUGUUGAAGAUCUCAAGGUCUCAUUGUCCAGAAGUGAAAAAUCAGCUGAGGCCCAGAAGCAAUUGGAAGCUCAAGGAGCUCUAAGUACAUCCAUGCAGGAUGCCUUGUUUACAGCUUGUAAGACAGGAGAUACAAAAACAUUGCAUCAUCUUCUGGAGAUGGUUGAUAGCCUAGCAAAUGAGCAAGAGGAGUUGAAUGGUGCAACGCAACAGCAGUUACUCAACAAGCCCCUGGAUGAGAGUGGUUGGACCCUUUUGCACGUGGCGGCAGCAGCAGGAAGGAGUGCCAUUGUGCAGCUGCUGUUGGAGGCUGGAGCUGACCCUGCCCUCAGGGACAGACAGGAACAGCCUCCCUACUGUGUCUCAGCCAGUAAGCAAACCCGUGCUGAAUUCCGUAGAUUCAUGGCUGAACAGCCUGAGAAAUACGACUAUGUGCGAGCUCAGGUACCUGGGCCCCUAACAACUGAAAUGGAAGCCAGGCAGGCAGAACGCCGCCGAGCACACAAGGCACAGCGGAAGCAACGUGAGAAAGAGGAACGAGAGGCACUGCGGUUGCUGGAACAAGAAGAAAAGGAGAAACAGCACUUUGCCCUCUUGAGUGACCGUGAGAAGCGUGCUCUGGCAGCUGAGCAGAGGCUUGCUUCUCAGUUGAAAGACUGCAGUGCAUCUUUGAUGAACAUCAGGCGCUGCUGGCUGUGUGGGAAGUCACUGCUGGGAUGUGUUCCUUUCCAUUACCUCGAUUUCAGCUUCUGCUCCACAGCCUGUCUGCAGGCUCAUCGGAAAGGAAGAGCUGCCUCAUCCUAGCUAAGCCAUAUCAGCAAAUUUCAGCGGCUCCAUGGCAAGAUGCAAACUACUAUUAGUCACGUCUCUGUCAACAGAGUGGGAGGUGCCAUUGAG